AUGCAGAAUUCUACAGAUCCUCAAAGGCAAAGUACUGAGCAGCCUCAUUCUCAAUCGGGUCACACAGCUCAAAAGCGAGUCAAGUUUCAAAAUGAUCGCGACUUUGGUCUAUCUCAACACUACCCCGAUCGACACAAUGCGGAAGCUACCAGUAAAGCGGCUGUAGAUAUCAUCGCCAUGCACGGAUUGCGCGCUCGCUCGCCCAAGACUUGGAUUGCGUGGAAAAAGGAUGGCGACGCCACGUCUGGCGAGGUUUUCUGGCUGAAAGAUGAGGGCAUGCUGCCUUCAGCCAUCCCUGAUUCCAGAAUCUCAACCUACAAUUGGAACGCAGACUAUGUCGGCAAUCCUUCUCACGACUUGUUUCUUGGUCAUGCCGAUUCACUCCUCCGAUGCCUUGAUAUGGACAGAGAAGAGACCGCACUUGUACGAGCAGCCGAGACGUUUCACCCUGCAUAUCAACGCACGCGUUUGAUACUAAGAAACACUGUCGGCAUUGCAUUUCUGGGUACCCCUUUCAGAGGCAGUUGGAGAGUCGGACAUUCGACCGCAACAACUCGAGUGGAUUUGGCAAAGCAAGAAAAUGUCGAUUUCAAUAAAGAGCUUAUCCAAUAUCUUCGAAACAACAGCCGCCAUGACGCUGAAAAUGGCCCAAGUCCUCUCGACGAAGUAGUUCAAAAGUUCUCCGAGAUGCUGCUCAGUGACCGGAGCUUGGAAGUCGUGUGCUUCUACGAGAGGUUUCCUACGGUGAUUGCGGCAAUUCAGCAAGACCUUCCUGCAGACCGUUUACCGACGAAGUUCAACCAAACCCGUGAAUUGACCGUCUCAAGAGACUCUGCCUGUCUCGAUGGCCACGAAAACGUCGGUCUAGAUGUCAGACACAAUAUGCUUCACAAGCACAACUCGCCCACGGGCGCCGCAUAUCGGGAAAUUUCUGCAGUUCUGCAGAGAUUUGCCAAGAACGCAGACCAAAACCUUGCAAAAAGAGGCAAGUCCAACACAGAGCUAUUAGCAGACCAACCUCUUCCAGAGUCGACCCGGGUGACGCAGAAAACGCAAAACCGCACCAACUACGAGGAAGAACUACUAAUGGAACUACAGCAUCAGCGGACAGAGAAAUGCAAAGUCCCAUUAUACCCAUUAUACACAAAUGCUGUUUCCGGGAGAGAAAACCCUGAUAAGACAGCCAACGAUCGAGCAUUCUUCGAAAUUUAUUUGAUCGAUAUCCUCUCAAGUGAAAAAUUGCGUGAGGACGCCACAGGAAUACUGUCAGAUGAGAGGAAAGAGGAACUAAGACAAGAGCGCGUCAAAUUCUGUACUCUUCUUGAUUCGAUUGCCAAUCAAGACAUCCAACAUUCUAAUCAAGCUGCCGAAUCGCCAAGCAGAUGCUUCAGUGGGAGUGGGAAAUAUUCUCAUCUAGAAAAGAUGCUAAAUAUUGUGUCCUUGUCUCAUGGUCCAUUCGAGCUGGCAACAGAGACUUCUCUCUCAAUGUUUCAAUUCCAGGGGCGUGUAUCUGCAUCUAGCGCCCGCCUAGAGAGUUCGUCCUUCAGAGGGUUUCUGAAGACCCUCCACGGACAGCCGUCGUCGUUCAGGAAGCCACUGCAUGCAAAGACAGUGGAUAUUACAUCUUCUCAUCAUGGUUUAUCAAUGUUUGAACGUCAAUAUCGAUUCCAGAUGGGAAAAGUUCUGGACAUGAUGGGUGCAGAGUUUGCGCGCUGUGAUGACCCCAAACUUCACACUGAUCACAAGGUAAUGAUGCAACUAUACGACGUGGAGACCUGGAAAGAGAAGAUUUCCGGCGGUGGCGUUGAUUUCCAUCUAUCAUGUCCAAAAUCAAGUGAGCAAUCGAGUUCGUGGCAAAGUGCAUUGUGCACAUUCCAAGCAAAGGAAGACGCUCUGGAAAUGAAGAAAGGGCUUUGUAAUACACUGAAGUCACUUUCGCGACGCGCUAGGGGUCUCAUUUUGGUUAUGAGCGAUGCUGAAAACACGGCCUCUUACUGCGUCAACUCUCUCCACAAGCACGACGAAUCGCCAACCGUCUAUACGCGGCUUGCACAACUAGUCAAUGUCCUUGAGGCUUUUGGUCCUCGUUCUCGUCGAGUGCGACAACACUAUAAAUUCAACUAUAUAGAACGUCGCAAGCUAGCUGCCAAAUUAGCUCUGGUCUUGCUCGCCUCCUGCUCCUGGAAUCACACUACAUGUCCGUGGGAUGGCAACGAAGUCCAAUUUCUUGGCUCAUCUGCAUCGGCUUAUGACAGCGAUAAAGUCUAUAUUACUUGUUAUAUCGGAUCUGAAUCAUUGACCGAGACAAGAGGCUCGGAUGAUGAAUACGCACCGAUUCCUGCCUUUACCAAGUUUGCAAAGUUGCUCUUGGAAAUAGAAUUCGGGUGUUACUCAUCCGGAGACUUCUCUGAAGAUAAUGACUAUGGCUAUACGAUCGUCAAGAAAUGGUAUGAGACAGAGCGAGAAGAUCAUGAUCCAUCAAAAGACUCCUACCUCGACGCAGUCGAGGCUUGUCUAGAAUUCGACAGGCUUUACAUGGAAGAGAGAACGAAAGCAGCAGGGAGAAGUGAAAGUGAGGAGGAAACCAGCAGAAGACUCAUAAGGACUUUGAUUGUCUCCAAGAUUAUGAGCGAUUUGGAUAGCAACAAAAAGCGGAAGUGGCGAGAAGUGUGA